AUGAAUAUAAAUUCUACAAAUCCUGUCUCUCGUAAAAUUAAGAUACCCUUCCCCCCCGAAAUUACUUCAUCGGAUCUGAUUGAAAAAUCAAUCACCAAAUUUAAGUUUUCUGGAAAAACCAGUCGUGUACCAAAUUCAUUUAUAUGUUAUAGAAUGAAUUUCUGUAAAUUUCUUCAAUCUUUAGAUUACCCUGUUAUCACACAACCACAACUUUCGACAAUGAUCAAAGAAUCUUGGUUAGAAGAACCUGAAUAUGUACGAAUGGAAUAUCAAAGAAUUUCAUCGGAGGCUAGCAAUCUUUAUAAACAAAUGUGUAUUGAUCAUAAAUUAUUCAUGCAAGAACAAAAAAAUAAGUUAAAAAAUGUUUCGGACAGUUCUCCAACUAUAAUAAGCACGGAUAAUAGUUCUGGUUCAAGCUCGUCUAGUUCUUCUUCCGAAACUAGAAAUCUCGACAACUUAUUUCCAACUUUUCAUACACAAACAUUUGCUGAAAGUGAAUCAUUCCCGUAUUCUCCUUCAAACAUUUACGUUCCGAAUGAGGAAGUUUAUUCUCAAAAGCUUUUACAAAGCAUUCCAAACAACACUCAAUCAAAUGUACCAUCUAUGACUAGAUUCGUUGAUCCAAGCUUGCUAAUUUACAAUCCGAAUGCUUCCAAUAACUCUCCAUCUUUAUCAAGUUCAUGCGAAGAAUGCCAUGAAAAAAUUGAUGCUUUAACUCGACGUGUAGAUGAUUUAGAGAAAAAAUUGACCGAACUCACAAAUAUAUUUGAUCAAAACUAA